AUGACCGCAAGCUCAAAGAAGAAGAAGGAGAACAAGAAGAAAGACUUCCAGAAACCAAAGUUAAAGGUUGGAAAGGCGAGACCAAAGGCAGCAAAUAGCACAGAUACGAGUUUCCGGGCCAAAUCAAUUGCUCUCAAGCAGCAGGCACUUUCCACUAGUGCCCCAACUCUAGAAGCGCAAUGCGCGCACCACCUGGGUCUACUGAACCACAAGUCAGAUACACAGCGAAAAGAAUCCCUGGCUUUCUUAACAUCAGCCAUUACGAGCAACUCGCCAAAAGUUCCAUUGCCGCAACCUUCGUCUGUCAUCAUUCCUGUGGCACAAAAGCUCAUUCUAGAUGGAUCAAACAGUGUUCGUCAGCAGCUGCUCAAGCUUCUGCAGAGUCUGCCACCAAUCGAUAUCGCUAGCCACGCAGACCAGCUGCUACUUCAUACAAGAGCUGCGAUGACGCACUUAGCAACUGAAAUUCGUAUAUUUGGCCUCGAAGUACUUGAAUGGCUGCUUGUAGUUACAGGCGACGAGGUCGUCAGUUGUGCUGGAGGCUGGGUGAAGAUGCUCAAAUGCUUCCUCAGUUUGCUUGGGUGGCAGAGUGAAGCAUCGAGCAAGUGGUCGUCUGGGAAAUCGUACGGAAAAGCCGAUACAAAGAUGCAAGUCAAGCAAAUGAAUGCGUUGACUUCCUUCCUGCGCACUGGGCUCUCCCAUGCGCAGACUGUCGCUUCUGUCGACGCCAGCGAGAACACCUUUCUGCUUUGGCACACACAGCACCACGUGCUUUCCGAACGAUCAAACGUCUAUGCGCAUCUAAACUUAUUCGGCGCUGCCAGAGAUGAAGAGGCAGAGAUGUAUGAAGACCGCGAAGACCGGCAAAGACUGUUUCGAGACCGAGCCGAGGCUGCCAUCAUCACAGGAUUGGAGCAAGCUACCAAAGGUGGUGGAGAGCUGGGUAGAGCGGGUGCCCAACUUCGCAAGGCUGUGAAAGAGGGAAUGGCGGACUUCUACCGAGAAGAGCCGACCGCCUAA